UCACCGGAAGUGACUUGUCAAAAACGGAAUAAGCCAGUGAAGCUAGGUAGCCCAAAAAUAACAACAGAAAAUUAGUGUUUGUCUACAUGAACACCUCAGGGAUUUGUACUUAAAGACAAUAGUCUCUGUAUAUGCCAGCUGACCAGCCCACUGAUCAGCAAAAUGAGCAGUGCAGGAACAGUGGAGAGUGGUAAACCUCCAAAAAUUGGUUCUAUAGUAGAGGUGACGGGGAAGGGUCAGCGUGGCACUGUUGCCUACAUUGGAGCCACACUCUUUGCCUCUGGGAAAUGGGUGGGUGUCAUACUAGAUGAACCUAAAGGCAAAAAUGAUGGCACCGUGCAGGGAAAACGCUACUUCAACUGUCAGGAAAAUCAUGGGAUAUUUGUCAGACAAUCACAGAUUCAAGUGGUGGAAGAAGGCUCAAGUGCCACCUCACCAGAUAUUCCUGAGUCUGGCGCUGCCAAGACACUCAGACUAAGAGACAUUCCAGAGACUCCUAAAACUUCCAAGCAGACCCCAUUGACUAUUAAGAAGUGGAACACACCACGCCUUGCACCUGCCACCUCCCUCCCCUCCCUCUUGGUGCGUCCCUCCGGCCGCUACAGCCUGCCAAUGACGGCAUCUCGAGAGAGCCUGUCGUCCUCUCUGUCUGAUGUCAGUGAGGUGAGCCUGUCCUCCCACCAGGGUGCACUGGGAGCUCCCAUCAUGCCGCAGCCCAGUGGGUCAUCUGUGGCAGCCACAGUCCCAGCUACUCCCAGUAAGGAGGAACCUGCCAUUUCCAAACAGGAGGAGGAAUCACUGCGAGCUCAGGUCAAAGACCUGGAGGAGAAAUUGGAGACACUGAAGAUGAAGCGGACAGAGGACAAAGCCAAACUAAAGGAGCUUGAAAAACACAAAAUUCAGCUGGAGCAGCUUCAGGAAUGGAAGAACAAAAUGCAGGAACAGCAGACUGAGCUGCAGAAACAACUGAAAGAAGCCAAGAAGGAAGCCCGUGAAGCACAGGAGGCCAAGGACCGCUACAUGGAAGAAAUGUCGGACACAGCAGAUGCAAUUGAGAUGGCAACACUGGACAAAGAGAUGGCUGAGGAGCGAGCAGAGUCGUUGCAAGUCGAGGUGGAAACACUGAAAGAGAAAGUGGAGGAGCUUUCUAUGGACCUGGAGAUCCUUAGACAUGAGAUUUCAGAGAAAGGCUCAGAUGGAGCUGCCUCAAGCUACCAUGUCAAACAGCUGGAGGAGCAGAACAGUAGACUGAAGGAGGCACUAGUCAGGAUGCGGGACCUGUCUGCUUCAGAGAAACAGGAACAUGUGAAGCUACAGAAGCAGAUGGAGAAGAAGAACACAGAGCUGGAGACUCUCAGGACUCAGAAGGAAAAACUGCAGGAUGAAGUCAAGCAGGCAGAGGCCACUAUUGAUGAACUGAAAGAGCAGGUGGAUGCUGCUCUGGGUUCAGAGGAGAUGGUGGAGACGCUGACAGAGAGGAACCUUGACUUGGAAGAGAAAGUCAGAGAGCUGAGAGAAACAGUCACAGAUUUGGAGGCGAUCAAUGAGAUGAACGAUGAGCUGCAGGAGAACGCCAGGGAGACUGAAAUGGAGUUGAGAGAACAGGUGGACAUGAGCAGUGCAAAGGUCAGGGAGGCUGAGAAGAGAGUUGAGGCUGCUCAAGAGACUGUUGCUGAUUACCAGCAGACGAUCAACAAAUACAGAGAGCUCACCACCGGGCUGCAGGAUGCUAAUAGGGAGCUGAUCAGUCAGCAGAAUGCCAAUGCUGAACAAGUUCAGCAACCACCUGCAGAACUAUUUGACUUUAAGAUCAAAUUUGCAGAGACCAAGGCCUACGCCAAGGCCAUUGAGAUGGAGCUGAGGAAAAUGGAAGUGGUUCAGUCCAGCAGACAGGUUUCCCUCCUCACCUCCUUCAUGCCAGACUCCUUUCUCCGUCAUGGUGGAGAUCAUGACUGCAUUCUGGUUCUUCUUCUCAUCCCCAGGCUCAUCUGCAAGGCUGAUCUCAUCAGUAAACAAGCCCAAGAGAAGUUUGACUUGAAUGGGAACCUGGUGCAGGGGACAGCGUUGAGAGGUCCUCCAGGAGAACAGCGCAGUUUUGCUGCAGGACUGGUGUACUCCCUCAAUUUGCUGCAGGCUACGCUGCACAAAUAUGAACAGGCUCUAAAUACCUGCAGUGUAGAGGUUUUUAAGCGCAUGGGUACACUUUACUCUGAAAUGACCUUCCAUGAGCGCUCCCUGGAUUAUUUCAUUGAUCUGCUGUAUAAAGACCAGCUGGAUGAGACUGUUCAGGUGGAGCCCCUGACUAAAGCUAUCAAGUACUAUCAGCAACUGUACAGUGUCCAUCUGGCAGAUCAUACUGAGGACUGCACAGUGCAGCUGGCUGAUCAUAUCAAAUUUACCCAGAGCGCCCUGGACUGUAUGGGAGUGGAAGUUGCUCGUCUGCGGGCUUUCCUGGCGGCGGGUCAGGAGAGCUCCAACCUUGCCGUGCUUCUGAAGGACCUGGACACUUCCUGCUCUGACAUCAGACAGUUCUGCAAGAAGAUACGCCGUCGCAUGCCUGGAACAGAUGUGGUUGGAGUUCCUGCUGCUCUCAAUUAUGGACCAGAGGUGUCAGAGACGCUGACAGAGAGCAGACGCCAGCUGACCCGUGUGGUGGCCGUGCUGCAGGAAGUGGCAGCAGCUGGGGCUCAGAUGGCUGCUCCGCUGCCAGAACAGGAAGGUCUCAAUGCUCUCAAAAUGGAUGAUAUCACCUUCAAGGCUGUGGAGCAGGUUUAUGGCUCCCAUGGGCAGAGUGACCCAGAAUGUCUGCGUCAGUCCUGCAGUUCUGUUAUAGCUACCAUGAACAAGAUGGCUACUGCCAUGCAAGAAGGAGAGUAUGAUGGUGACAAACCUCAGUCCAAGACCACCCCUGUUGAGAUGAGAGCAGCCACCGUCAGGGCCGAGAUGACGGAUGCUGAGGGUCUAGGAGUUAAACUAGAAGACAGAGAGACUGUAAUUAAGGAGCUCAAGAAGUCUCUCAAGAUCAAGGGUGAGGAGCUGAGUGAAGCCAACGUUCGUCUGAGUCUGCUGGAGAAGAAGCUGGACACCUCCACCAAAGAUGCAGAUGAAAGAGUGGAGAAGAUUCAGACCAAACUCAACGAGAAUCUCGCCCUGUUGAAGAAAAAAGAAAAGGAAUUUGAGGAAACAAUGGAUGCCCUGCAGGCUGAUAUCGACCAGCUGGAGGCAGAGAAGGCAGAGCUGAAACAACGCAUCACGAACCAAUCAAAGAUGACCAUCGAAGGCCUGAGAGGGUCACCUGCCUCUGGAAUUGCCUCACUUGUUCAGGGUGUAGGAGGUGUUCCUCCAUCCAUAACCGGGCCAAUGGAAGUGGUGGACUCUCCUCUCCUCAGACAGCAGGUUGAGGUUCAGAGACUGGGCAUUAAAUGCCUCAAGAAUGAAAACAACAGACUCAAGGCAGAGAAGAUGAGAGCCCAGCUGGCCUCUCUGCCUCCACUCUGCCCCUCCAAACUGCCACAAGUGUCCAAAGAAAGUUCUAUGCCUCCAGAGGGUCUGAACACUGGCAUCUAUCGUAGAACUGACCAACUGCUGGCGACACUGCUAAAGCUCAGUGCAGAGUUUAAGGUGGUGGACAUCACUGGGAAAACAGCAGUUAGUGCCAGUGCCCAGAUGCUGGAGCAGACAGCUCGGCUGCAGAACCUCAGUGAUGCUCUGGACAAACUCAAGGGAGAAGUAGCUGAACAUGUAGUUUCAUAUCAGCCUGGAGCAAAGGCUUCCUCUGACUUUGCCACCUUCCCAGUCUCCUCCUUUGUUAAGGCUAAGCAAGAGAAGCAAGGAAAAACAGUGUUUGUAGGUCGUGUUUCAGUUCCAUGUGCACGUGGACAGGAACAGGUCCACCGUCUCGUCCUAUCACAGCAGCAGCUGCAGCAAGUGCACUCCCUCCUUAUGGCAUAAGGACACACCAUGGAUCUUCAGCCAAGACUGAUGCCACAUCAAGAAAAACUUGUUUUUUUCAUUCCAGCUUCCAUUCAACAACUUUCUGUAAUUUUCCUCUUUGCUUUUCACUUCACUUCUCUCAGGAAACUGUAUCCUACAUUUCCAAAGUUAACACAGCACUAAUAAAACUAAGUAUGUAAAACCUACUGGUGUUUAAUUUGGAUGACUCCAAAGUGGAUUUGACUUUUGUAUACACCAGUUUUGCCAACUAUUUGUGGAAAUGGAAAACUAUGUAGUCAUUUAUACUGUACUUGCACCUCUUUAGUUUCUUCUUUGUAUGUUUUGUAUUUGUAGUAAUUAAAAGAUGUCACACCAAGAGCCGGAGCUUGGUGUAGUAAUGUAUUCGUAGCAAUUCAGACAAUAAAGCAAUUUAAAAACAAGAAACCCAA